UUUGUGUAUAUGCAUACGAGGGCAGAACCCUUGUAGACUGUCAUUACUGCAGAGAGUGACCACCUGUUGCCCGGCUCUCUUGAGGGGAAAUUCCACCAAUGUUUUUGCGUCAUGGUAGGCAUCCAUGUACGUAGCAAAAAAUGUCACACGUUUGGCCUGUGACUGCUCUCCACGACAGUUUAUUUAAAGCGGAGCAAAGGCAGCGAAAGAUUAUUUCAACUCACUCACUCACUGACUUUCCCUACAACAUCAACACAAUAUCUUGCAAGCACGGUCAAGCAGGAGCCAUAAUGAGUACCAGCCAGGAGGAUAGACCCUUUGUUAGGGCUGUGAGGAAGAUCAAAUGUGCCGCCAUGGUUCACAGUCUUGCCAAGAGCUGGCAGGGCUGGGCCAACGAGAACGUGGUCAAACAAGAGACCAUACCCUCCGGGUGGAUGCCCACCUCCAUCAUUGAGGACGAAGAAAGGGAGAAGCAGAACGAGACAAAAAUCCUAGUCAAGACACGUGUGGUCGAGGCGGACACCGACAGCGGCAGUCUGAUCCGAACGGGUGAGGUGACCAAGAGCCACAUGCCAAAGUACAGUGAGUACAGCACUGACCUGGUAUGCUCAAUCAAGGACAAGAUCCAGAUGGCACCUGAGGAUGCCAACAAGCCCUUCCUGGGCAACGAGUCACCCACCCGGAGACGCCUGGGUGUGAGAGCUCAGGUACAUCUGGGUAGUCAGGAGCGGAAGAUGGGCUCCCGUAGCAGCAGCCUGGACACAGAGGACAGCGGGUUGGGGGAGGAGGCCGGACUCAGCGACAACAGCGACCAGAGUGACCUGAACCAGCUGAAGAAACAGAUCAAUAGGCCCAAGAUUAGAGUCACCACCAUGGGUGACAUCAAGAGCAGGUGGCAGCAGUGGUCCCAGCAGCACGUAGAGGGUCAGAAGCUCAACCCCUUCAGUGAGGAGUUUGACUAUGAGCAUGCCAUGGCCCAGCGGUUGCAGAAGGGUGAUGAAGGCUACGGACGCCCCAAAGAGGGAUCCAAGACGGCCAUGCGUGGCGACCGAGCCCAGAAACAUGUGUACAAAGAGAUGGAGGAGUUGUGCUGGAUCGUCAAGGACAUGGGCCUCAAGGACAAGAACGGCAAAUCCUACAUCACUUUCGGCAGGCUCUUUGACCGCUAUGUCAAAAUCUCGGACAAAGUGGUGGGCAUAGUUUUGCGCUGCCGUAAACACAAAAUGCUUGACUUUGAGGGAGAGAUGCUGUGGAAAGGCCAGGAUGACCAUGUCGUCAUUACUCUGAGAGAUGUGAAAGAAGACUGAACCUGCAGAUGAGCUAGACUUUGACCUACACCUUUCUCCUCACAUUUUACCUAGACCCACAAGUGCCUUUCAUAUUCUGACCAGCCACAGUUCAGGAGUAGAUGUCUUUAGCAUUCUAACCAUGAUAACCACUGGUCAUGAGUUCAACCUCAGUAGGAUAUUCUAAACACGCUGCAGGCCAUUACAAAAAAAUUAUGUGACAAAAGAAAGUGAGAGAAAAUGUGGUUUGUGGACACAAUAGUGAUGCAUGGGUUGACUCAAAACCCGCAGUCCAUGCGGUUAUAAAAGAGAAAACAAUACAUUAAAAAAAACAUAAAUGUUUAACUCUUGUGAAAUGUAUAUCUAUAGGCUACACUGAGUUUUUUCUUUAAUAAUUUUUUAAGCUAUCUGGCAUUAGUGUGUAAGCCUAAGCUUAACUGUUCGUGCUCCAAAUAGCCUACCCUCCAUUCGCCAAAUGCUUUUGGUAACGGGCAGAAAGAGUUCAUGUUGAUCCAUUGAUUAAAUAAGAGAAACGUUUGCGAAAAUGAAGAGUUGAAAAUAAAGAAGUGGUAAAAAAAUUGGUGAAGCGGUUAAAGAGGAUGAAAGCUGUGUUACUGUAUGUCUGAUGAUUGUGAGGCGCUGUACAAAUUUGACAGUCACAAGACAGGGACUUAAAAAAGGCCUAUGGCACAUCAUGGGAACUGUAGCCUACUGUUCAGCUGGGUUAAAUGGUAACUGAAAUCUGGAUACUGACUGUAGGUCUAUAACCUCUGCUAGCGGUUAGGAGCAUUGGGCCAGUAACCGAAAGGUCGCAGAUUCAUAUCCCAGAAUAGACUAGGUGAAAAAUCUGCCGAUGUGUCCUUGAGCAAGGCACUUAAUCCUAAUUGCUCCAGGGUCGCCAUCAAUAAUGGCUGAUCCCUGGCUCUGACCCCACUCUCAGGUGGAGUAGGAUACGCAAAAAACAAAUGUCCAAUUCACAAGUGUGAAAUAGGAAAAAUGCAAGUGUACAUUUUGAUUUCUUUCUUUCAGCAUCUUGAAAGAAUGUGAAUGUGCCGUUAGUGACCGACCUUCUGUAGAGGUGCUAUCUUUACCAGCAUCAUAAAAGCUGAUGGUAUUUCAACCACAUAAAAUGUGGCUCCAAGCAGAACUGAAAUCUUAUCAGUGUCAAAUGACCAAAUCUUAUUUGGUCAUUUUCACAGCUUUCUAUUUCCUUACGAGCGUGCAAUGGCUAAGAACAUACUUCCAUUUUAUUGCAUUUUCUAGAUUGUAGCCUUCAUUCUAUCGAUGUAUUACAUUAUUCUUGUCACGCCCUGAUCUGUUUCACCUGUUCUUGUGAUUGUCUCCACCUCCUCCAGGUGUCGCUUAUUUUUCCUAGUGUAUUUAUCCCUGUGUUUCCUGUCUCUCUGUGCCAGUUUGUCUUGUAUGUUUUCAAGUCAACCAGCGUGUUUUUCCCAUGUUCCUGUUCUCCAUUCUCUUUUUCUAGUCUUCCCGGUUUUGACCCUUGCCUGUUUUUUCUGGACUCAGUACCCGCCUGCCUGACCCUUCUGCCUGCCCUGACAUCGAGCCUGUCUGCCACUCUUUACCUCUUGGACUCAGAAUUUGUUUUUGACCAUUUGCCUAUCCACAACCAUUCUCUUGCCUACUCCUUUUGGAUGAAAUAAACAACAAAGACUCUAACCAUCUGCCUCCUGUGUCUGCAUCUGGGUCUCGCCUUGCGCCCUUAUUGUACGAACUGGCCAUGACAGACCCAGCAGACUUGGACCAGCUCCGCAUCGCUGUCUCCCUGCAGGGAGCCACUAUUGGGAGAAGUGAGGAGCUAUUACAGGACCUUCUGGAAGGGCUCCGUUCCUUGACGGAACGCCACGACCAAGGGUUUAAGGAGAUUAUGGAG